UAAUAUUAGUCGAAAUAAGUACAUUGUUUUUUUAGUCAAUGUAAUCCAAAAUGAUAUUUAAAAAUAUUAUUAUAUUAACACACAUUUAUUAUGCUGUAGGAAUUUGGUCUCGUGAUUUGCAGUGCAAUUUUACCAUGUACAUGUUAAAUUAUUUUAAUCAUAAUCACCGAUAUUUAAUUGAAAUUAAUAACAGCAAGAAUUUAUACAAUGAAGAGGAACUAAAAUUGUAUGGCGUAGCAAUUCAGAGUCAUGGUGAAAUAGUUCUAAUAAUGUUAGAAACACUACAAAAUAUGUAUUCUAAAAACAUGAACUAUUACUCAAAAGAGUUAAUGGCUAUUAAUUUAUACUUGAACAAUGUUUCGGGUUACACGGAUAUGCUUGCUACAGAUGAGGAAAACAAAAUAGAUCUUUCAGAUGUAAAAUCAAGUAUCAUUCAAGGCUACUUGAUGAUCCAUAAAUUCAUUUCAUUUCAAUUAAAAAAUUAUACGGAGAAUGUUUGCAAAAAUUUUUCAUAUGAUCAAAUAUUUGUUUUGUGUCCUAAUUACAAUAGCACAGGAAAUUACAAUCUAGAAAACUUAAUAUUUACUACUAAUAAACUUAGAGACAGAUUACUCCUAGAUGAUUGCCAACAAAACAUAACCGAUGUUAACAUUAAGUUCACAAAAAAUAGCGGAAUAUUCAAGAAAAUUAAAAAGACAUUUCAUAAAGGCAAAUACUGGAAAUUUCAUCCAAAGAACAUAUUGUUAUAUGAUUUCAUGACAAACCGACAUAAAAUAUCCGAGAGGGACUUAUUAUCACGUGCACAGGCUCGGCAACACCAAAUCUUGGAAAAUGAUUGCCCAACAAAUGUAUUAGAUAUUUUACGAUUUGCACCAUUAACAUUAAGUUGUUCCGAUGGAAGCCAAGUUACACUUUAUGAUUUUUUCAGGUACGUUAAGUACUCUUUUUUUAGAGUCGACGUACAAUUCUUCCAUACUCUUGUAUUGACUGCAACAUUUCGUCCAAUAUCUCUACUUAUACAAAAUUACUUGAGAAUUCUUAGUAGUUCAACAUCUAUUUAUGAUUUAGAUAAACCUAACUUUACAGAAAGUACGUUCUUUAACAAUAUGAAUAUUGUUGGUUCUAGAAUAAUUUAUUACUUUCAGUACUUUAUUAACUUGGAAAUUUUUGGAAAAGAUCCAAAUGAUUUUUUUAAAAGUAUUUUACACAGAACAAUCCAAUGUAUUUAUUAUUUUAAGUUAAAGAAGAAAGAAGAUUUCUUUACUGAGGUAAAUAUGCUGAUUAAAUCAUUGGAGAACUUAAUGUUGAACAAUAGAAUUGAUUAUAGAAUUUCAGUUGCUAUCAUCACAAUUACAAAUAUUGAUGUAUUUUAUAAUGAUUUAUUAGUAAAUAUGAAUCAAAUUCAAGAUUAUAUUACAGAAUUAGAACAUCAUUUAGAAUCUUUCAUUUCUAUAAAAGAAACUUUUAAAGUAGAAUACUUAUUCAAAUCAACCACGUAUGUUUUACGUCCAAUAAUAAUAAGUCAUUUGUGCCAAGAAAAUGUUUACUCUUUUUUGGAAAAAUUAAAAACCCCCAAUCAUUAUCUAGUCAAAAACGAAGAAGUAAGUACAAGUGAUGAAAAUUCCUUAAAGAAAGAAAUUAAUAUUGAUAAAACUACAAAUCGUAAUAUCCAAGAAGAAUUUUUUUUAGUUCCUAAAAUGUAUGCCUCAAAAACCAUCUCGUCUUUCAGAUAUUUAGAAAACUAUAUUCUCUUCUUUUAAAUUAGAAAAAUAAACCAACUAUACAUAAAUAAAUAUGAAUAUAUUUC